GUAUAAUUAAAGAUAUCAACUUAAAAAUAAUGUUAUAAGUUGUCCGAAUAAUUACUUUGAACUAUUUCAAAUAAUUAAGCUAGUGGUAUUGCAACAUCAUGACAUCUGUUUGUUUUGAUUUAAAGUUUUAAUUAAUUUACAUUAAUUCCUAUAAAUCAAGUCAAAAUGGAAGGAGGUGAAUGGAGAAGUACCAUUAUAAGUCAGCUCCAAGCCAGGAAUAAGUAUGAAACGACUGCUUUCCAGGAUAUUAUUACUUUUCAAAGUAGACUGUUUGACAAUGUGAAUACUCUGAAGAAUGAAAAUUUACAGUUGACGUUAGUUAAUGAGAGAAUUAGAUAUUCAAGCACAGAUAAUGUUCUAUCGCCUGGUGGUAGCGGUAACAAUGAAAGGAUACAAGCUUUAGAACAGAAAAUACUUGUACAGCAAGAGGAGCUAACGUCGCUCCACAGACGUAGAGGAGAAAGCGCACAACAAAUCAUUAACCUCAAUACCCGAGUGCACGAUUUAGAAAAAGAAUUACAGGCAAAAGAUAUUAUAAUUUCAGAAAACACAGCUUUAAUAGCAUCUUUACGAGCUGAAAUACAAAUGUAUGAAACAAACAUGACUGAGUUGCAAGGAUUGAAUCAAGUAUUACGAGACGAACAUCAAGCAUUACAGAUGGCUUUUGCAGCUAUAGAAGAGAAAUUAAGAAAAGCUCAGGACGAAAACCGGUCGUUAGUGGAUAGGUUAAUAAAGUACAAAGCUAAGGAUGCCGACAAGAUGAAUGAAGAAAAUGAGCAUUUUCUCAAAAAGAAGAGUGAUAAGCUUCGGAAAGAGUUGGAGGAAGCCGCGAGAGAAGGGGGCAGUAGGAGUAGUGGUGGCUCGCCUGGUGGUUCGGAUGACAAGAUCAUGGAGUCGAUGCCGUUCUAUGCCACGACAUUGCCCACCAAAGUAGCGCUGAGAUUUGACGCGCAUGAUGGCGAGGUUAACGCCGUCAAAUGGAGCCCUACCGAUCGCAUGGUUGCGACAGGAGGCACCGAUAGAAAGGUUAAAUUGUGGGACGUGUCGAAGUUGGGUCUGGUGGAGAACAAAGGCACCCUAGUGGGGUCCAACAAAGGCGUUAUGUCGGUGGACUUCGACUCCUCGGGCGCGUACAUCGUGGGAGCGUCCAACGACUUCGCGAGCCGGGUGUGGUCGGUCGGCGAUCAACGGCAAAGGGUUGAUCCUUCGCAAAUUGCUCAACGGGAAUGUUGAAUUCAUUAACAAAGAACAACUUGUAAAGAAAACUUAUAAAGAAUUUCCCAGUCUGUAUACUGAAGUCUUGAAAAUAAGCCCUGAAAUUAACUACCUUUAGAUAAUCCAAUACUUUAUUUACGGUAUAAUUGUCUGGCUAACUAACAAGAUA